AUGGCUGCUUUUCCUCCUUUUUCUUCACCGUCUCAAGCAGAUAUUGGCAGUGUGAGUAGAGCUGUGUCUUCCCCUCCGGGGGAACACACCAGGUGCCCGCCUCCCCAGGUGUCGGGGUGCAGCCUGCCUGCGUUGGGGAGUCGCAGAGAACCUUGUGUCGCGAGUCGUGUGCCAAAACAUGUCAGAUCCACGUCUGAAGGACUCUCACAUUUCACGAGUUCUUCAACAUCCGCCAUCGUGCCCGACAUAUCCCUUGAGCGGAGGGCUGCGUUUGUCCCAAAACCGGGAUAUGUCCUCCUUUCGCCGGUGACGCACAAGUACAUCGAGGCAGAACUGAUUUCCGGCGGGCAGUUCGCCGUGAUUACGAUCAACAGACCGGACGCAAAGAACGCGUUAAAUCGAGAGGUUCUCGACGAGUUGGAAGCGUGCUUAAAUCUCGUAGAUGCCCAUGCGGAAAAAGAGCCAGAGUUCCACGCGCUGCUCAUCCGGUCUGCAGUACCCGGAGUGUUCUGUGGCGGUGCAGACUUGAAGGAAAGGGCGGGGAUGUCAUUCGAAUCCAGCAAAGAAUUUGUCGAUCGCUUACGGUCUUGUUUCGAGCAUCUUUCUGAAGUGCCUUACCCAACUAUAGCGUGUUUGCACGGCUCCGUCAUGGGAGGCGGUCUCGAACUCGCGCUCGCGGCAGACUUUCGCGUUGCUUCUGUUCGUCCACCGCCGUCGACCCUUCCCCCCCGAGAUUUGUUUGCCCCGCUUCCGGGUGCCUUCCACGGUCCAUCAAAAGACGUAGGCCAAAAGCCUUCGCAAUCUGCGUCGGUCAAAUCGCGUUUCGCUCGACAGCAAGGCAACAAGAAGGGCGCUCUUCUUACCAGGUCGGCUCUCGAUCAGGUUCCGCAGCCGUCGUCCUCCGACUCACGUGUGAGUCGACAGGAAACCCCUGACUCCCUGGGUUCCGCAGAUGGGAGUUCGCUGGGAAUUUGCGACGAGCCCACAACUGCAACCGGCGCUUGUAAGGGCGAGUUGAAAGAAAGCGCGAGACAAAGGGCAUCGCUAGCUACACAGUCUUGUUCCUGGUGUUCCUCCCUCGAGUUGUGCCUCCCGGAAGUGUCACUCGGCACGAUGCCUGGCGCCGGAGGCACGCAGAGGCUGUGGCGUGUCGUGGGUCCGCAAAAAGCUAAGCUGCUGCUUUUGACCGGUGGGAACGUUGGCCCGAAACAGGCAGUCAAGUGGGGGUUGAUCGACGUUAUGGCAGGCCACAACGAAGACGAAGUGUGCAAGAUAUGGCGGUUUACACCAGGACUCAGGCGCCACAAAGCCGACCGCGGGGAGCAAAGCCGGGGAGGAAACGAAAGGGAAGAGAAACAAGUGGCACAGCGAAUCGUGCUCGAUGCAAGAAGAAAUCGCUUCGAAAGCAGGCAGGCGCGAGCCGCGGAACAGCAGGAAAAAACGAGGAACAUGCCCGGGGAAGGCUGCGUUGCCAGUGGAGACGGUUCACAGAGAGGCACAGAAGUGAGGAAGGAUGGAAGUGCGAGUUUGCCGAAGAAAUCCACGUUUGAAACGGCAAUCCCUGACAACGAGUGGGAAAGCGAAGACGCCUUUCGCGUCGGAAUACGCCUCGCGUGCCGCCUCGCGUCCCUGGCUCCUCUGUCAGUCAGAGCCACUAAAAAGUCGGCGAACUCUGCGGUCGGCGUCAGCAUCAAAGAGGGGCUUAAACUGGAGGGAAAAGUGUAUGACAGCGUGCUCUCCAGCGAGGAUCGGGACGAAGGACUAAGAGCAUUCAAGGAACGACGCAAGCCCAAGUACAAGGGAAAGUAA